AUGCUGACCUCGUUCCUUCUGCGCACCCUCGCGCUGGCGCCACUGCUCAGCGCCGCCUACGACGGCCAUGCGACGACGCUCGGCCCCGACGACGACGCUGGCAACAACGCGACCUUGGGCACGUGCCAGCUCAUGAAGACGCUGCGCAACGCUGUGCGGUUCCAAGUCUCGCUGAGCGCGCACCAGUGGGCGCGCGGUGCCAACUGCGGGCGCUGCGUCCAAGCGCAGUGCUCCAACUGUCCGUCGCCGCUGCCGAUCACGGCGCAGGUGACCGACCGCUGCUCCAACUGCCCGGCUGGCGACAUUGACGUGUCCCGUCCGAUGUUCCAAGCGCUCUUUGGCGCGCCCACGGGCCGCCGCCCGCUCAAGUGGGGCUUUGUAGACUGUCCCGUCGAAGCAACGCUCGCGCUGUGCACCAAGCCGCGCAAUACGAGCCUCUACACGAUCUUUGUCCAGCCCACCAACACGGUGUCGGGUGUUGCUAACAUGACGAUCGAUGGCUUCAAGGGCCGCCUUUCUGGGAAAGGAUCGUACUUCUUCAAGGCGCCCAUGCCCCGCAACUGGAGCGACGUGCUCAUCAACCUCACUGCGACCAACGGCGAGAAGAUCACAGCCUCCGUCGCCCUCCGGUCGGGCCGCUGCGUGACGAUUCCGCACCAGUUCCAGCCAACGGCAGUAGGCUCGGCUUUGAUUCAGGCUUCGUCGUCCUCGCUCGAUAGCGACGAUGACAUCGUCGUCCCAACCACCACGCCGCGUCCUGUGCCGUAUUAA